GAGAACUCAUUGUAAACAUGCAAUGUGACUUGUGGAGAAAAACUAGAGUUCAGACGGGAACGCAGCACCUUUCCAACGUACAGAGAGAAAUAAGUCAUGGAGCUUACACGUGUCAUUGUGAUCUUGGCCCAGUGCGUAUGGCCCUCGUGGACUCAAGUCAUCCACCUCACGGACAUGUAUGGGACCAUCAAGUCUCCAAACUUUCCUGAAUCCUAUCCGAAAGAGAUUGAUCUACAGUGGAAUAUAACUGUGCCAGAAGGAUAUCAAAUCCGACUCUAUUUUAAGCAUUUCGACAUUGAGCCCUCAUACUUGUGUGAAUAUGACUACUUGAAGGUAUACUCAGACACUGAAGAGCUGGCCGUGUUUUGUGGAAAAGAGAAUACAGACACAGAACAGGUCCCCGCUGGUGAUGUCAUCAUUUCCCCCAGGAACGUGCUCAGUGUGGCCUUCCGUUCAGACUUUUCCAAUGAGGAACGCUACUCUGGCUUCGAGGCUCACUUUAGUGCGAUUGAUGUAGAUGAAUGCAGAGACCGGAAUGAUGAAGAUCUUGCCUGUGAUCAUUUCUGUCAUAACUACAUUAGCGGUUUCUACUGUUCUUGUCGUUACGGGUUCCUGCUUCAUUCUGACAACAGAACUUGCAAAGUGGAGUGUAAUGAAAACGUGUACACCGAGCGCUCUGGAGUGAUCACCAGUGCUGAUUUCCCUAAACCGUACCCCAAAAGCUCUGACUGCAUGUACCGCAUUGAGGUGGAGGAGGGUUUUCAAAUCACCCUGGAGUUUGAUGACACUUUUGACAUUGAAGACCACCCUGAAGUCACCUGCCCCUAUGACUUUAUCAAAAUUAAUGCAGGAGACAAGGAGUUUGGCCCGUUUUGUGGUGAGCAGUCACCAGGGAAGAUCCAGACAGGAAGUAACACAGCCAGCGUCCUGUUUCACAGUGACAACUCUGGAGAGAAUCUCGGCUGGAAACUCACUUACACCUCCACUGGUUCUGAAUGCUCUCCUCUUGCGGCGCCCCUCAAUGGACACCUGGAGCCUCUGCAGUCUAAUUACGUCUUCAAAGAUCACAUUAUGCUGACCUGUGACCCUGGAUACUCGCUGAGACAGGGUGAUAAAGAAUUUGAGCACUAUCAGAUUGAGUGUCAGAGGGAUGGGAAAUGGAGCAGUGACGUCCUGCUGUGUAAAAUGGUCGACUGUGGUCCAGUGGAUGUAGUUUUGGGUGAGGUGGUUUUUGAGAGCUCUGGAAACAGUACCGUGUUUGGAUCCAGAAUCCAGUACAGCUGCAGAGACUCUCGCCAGCUCAACAACACUUACACCUGUCAUCAGAGCGGGGAAUGGGUGAGUGAGGACGGGACACCACUGCCCUCCUGUCCAGCAGGAGAUUUAGAAAGAACCUUGAGUACCAAUCCCGAAUCUCAACUUCCUACUCCUCUAGCAAACACCUCUCUUGCAUGUGGUGAGCAGUCACAGCUCUUCCCAGACCAGCAGAAGCGAAUCGUUGGUGGGAGAACAGCAUCUCCAGGUCUGUUUCCCUGGCAGGUUCUGCUCUCAGUAGAGGACAUGUCCCGGGUCCCUAAGGUCUGCUUGUUUGGCAGCGGUGCUCUCCUCUCCUCAACCUGGGUUCUCACAGCCGCUCAUGUGCUCAGAUCUCACCGCCUUGAUCUUUCCGUUGUACCUGUUGCUUCUGAACACAUCCGUGUGCACUUGGGCCUCACGGAUGUAAGGAAUAAGCACUUGGCCACCAACCGGUCCGUAGCAAAAGUCAUCCUCCAUCCUCAUUUUGAUCCUCAAAACUACAACAAUGACAUUGCUCUGGUUAAACUCAGCCAGGAGGUGGUGCUGUCUGCGUUAAUACGGCCCGUCUGUCUACCAAGGCCUGGUGUAGAUGGUCAUGCCCUAAUGCCUCUGCCCAACACACUGGGUAUAGUUGCCGGUUGGGGCAUUAACAUGGCCAAUGCUUCUGGCUCCUCCAGUGGCUUGACUUCCGAUUCCAGCACCGUUUCCGAGCUGCUCCAGUAUGUGAAGCUCCCGGUUGUGCCGCAGGAUGAAUGUGAAGCCAGUUAUGUGUCACGCUCUGUCAACUACAACAUCACCAGCAAUAUGUUUUGCGCUGGCUUUUACGAAGGCGGUCAGGACACCUGUUUGGGGGACAGUGGGGGAGCAUUUGUCACCCAGGACACCCGCAGUGGCAGAUGGGUGGCACAAGGACUGGUGUCCUGGGGUGGGCCAGAGGAUUGUGGCAGUCAGAGGAUGUAUGGGGUGUACACUCGGGUGACAAACUACGUCCACUGGCUACACAGGCACAUGGAUGUGGACCGCUGGUGGUGAA